AUGCACAGGACCAGGGCUGCUAUUCCUGAGCAAAGUGGGAGUUUCCAGGAAGUAGCCAUAUUGGAUCCAUUGAACGGUUACACUGUAUCAUUCUAUAGAGAGAAAGACGGGAGAUUGUCUUGAACCAGAUUAUUGAAUAUUCACACACACACACACACGGGAGCCAUGGCUGCCACUGAUACAGACAAGCCUUUAAAUGAAGAAAAGCGGAAUCUCAGUCUUGGUGGCCAUGUUGGGUUUGAUAGUCUUCCUGACCAGCUGGUCAGUAAAUCAGUAGCACAGGGUUUCUGUUUCAAUAUACUCUGUGUAGGUGAAACUGGCAUCGGCAAGUCCACGUUAAUGAACACCCUUUUUAACACAACAUUUGAAAAUGAAGAAGCCAGCCAUUAUCAAAACGGGGUGUACCUUCGCCCGAGGACGUACAACUUGCAGGAGAGCAACGUCCACUUGAAGCUGACCAUCGUAGACACAGUGGGGUUUGGAGAUCAGAUCAACAAAGAGCAGAGCUACAAGCCCAUAGUCGACUACAUUGAUACACAGUUUGAAAACUACCUACAAGAAGAAUUGAAGAUCAAGCGUGCCCUCUUUAACUGCCAUGACACAAGAAUUCACAUCUGCCUUUACUUCAUCGCUCCAACAGGGCAUUCCCUCAAAUCCUUGGACUUAGUUACCAUGAAAAAGCUGGAUAGCAAGGUGAAUGUCAUCCCAAUUAUUGCUAAGGCUGAUACUAUUUCUAAGAGCGAGCUGCACAAGUUUAAGAUCAAGAUAAUGAGUGAGCUUGUUAGCAAUGGAGUUCAGAUCUAUCAGUUUCCAACUGAUGAUGAGGCCGUCACAGAGAUCAAUGCUUCAAUGAAUGCCCAUCUUCCUUUUGCUGUUGUUGGAAGCACAGAAGAAGUGAAAGUGGGCAAUAAGCUGGUUCGAGCCAGACAGUACCCUUGGGGUGUUGUUCAGGUGGAGAACGAGAGUCACUGUGAUUUCGUGAAACUGAGGGAGAUGCUGAUCCGGGUCAAUAUGGAGGAUCUCAGAGAACAGACGCACGCUCGCCACUACGAGUUGUACAGGCGCUGCAAACUGGAGGAGAUGGGCUUCAAAGACACAGAUCCUGACAGCCAACCGUUCAGUCUACAGGAAACGUAUGAGGCCAAGAGGAAGGAGUUCAUGGGAGAUCUGCAGCACAAGGAAGAGGAGAUGAGGCAGAUGUUUGUCAACAAGGUCAAAGAAACAGAGGCUGAGCUGAAGGAAAAGGAGAGAGAGCUACAUGAUAAGUUUGAGCAGCUCAAGAGGAUGCACCAAGAGGAGAAGAGGAAGGUGGAGGAGAAGAGGCGAGACCUGGAGGAAGAGAUGAACGCCUUCAACAGACGGAAGGUGGCGGCAGAAACACUCCAGGCGCAGUCUCUACAGGCUGCAUCGCAGCAGCCGCUGAAAAAAGACAAAGACAAGAAAAAUUAAUUAAUGAUUCAGGGAAGCAGGAAAGGAUUGUUCUUCCAUCACCAUGAAUUCUGUUUUUCGCAAUUCCUUCAUGAAUGACUUUUUGUAAGUGGACCAAAGAAAAAAACAUUGAAGAGGGUGGGAUUGUUUUAUGAAGGCUGUCCAUGUAACAAAUUUUAAUCAAUGCGGUUGCUUGUUUUAUUUAAUAACUAACAGGGACAUAGAGUUUCACGAGAAAGCCGUAUCCACUUUACUUGCUGUAGCUAAAUCCUGAGUCUUUCUCUUCAUUGUGGCUGAUGAUUAAUUAUAAAGGACUUGUGAGUUGAGCAUAUUCUUCCCGCUGUCAGGCUUUCACAUGAAUCUGUAUACUUUCCUUUUGUCUAAAAAAUAGUGAUACUUGCAGUUCAAUUUGUUCAAAUUGGGUUUUUGAUUUUAUUUUAGAUGGGUUUGUAUUAAGGUGUUUUUGCUGUGCUCCUGAGUAGUUGCAAUAAUCAAUAAUUAAAUUGAGCCAAUGAAGACCUGAAUAAUUUAAAUACAUUUUACUGCAACUAUAAAUGUACAUGUUUCUUGAGACAAUAAAACAUCUAUAUUCUUUGUUCAAUCCAGGUCUAAAUGCAUAUAAUAUGAUAGCAUAGUUUAAAUGUUUUAAGUUGAAUAUAUAACCAAACAAAAUAACACAUAAUUCUUCACAAAAGUAUUUCUUCUUGUGAUGAAGAAGUCACAUAUUAUAUACACCUCACAUUGGCGUGCUGUACUAUGUAAGGUUCUGAGACUGUAGGAACUGCCUGCUUCCUAAUUACAGUAAGCUUUGUUGUUAUUGACUUUAACUGAAGGAAAAUGGAAGUGGCGUCGCUUCGAAAGUAUUAUUUAACCAUGUCAAUUUGCCUUGAGGACAGAAACUUUUUUUUUUUUUUUUUAACUGUUUUGACUAGUCUUCCACAACUGUCUCAGCAUCUUAACUUUUGCAACCGUCUAUGCUAUUAUAGAACACAAUGCUCAGGUAUUCCAAGAGCCGCUGAGGCUAGUUUCUCAAAGUAGUUUUGUUCAAUUAGUCAAAAAAGGGAGGUGCCCUUUAAGUGUUAUCAGUAAGGAAAAAAACACCAAUACAAAACCCAUACCGGACCAGCAUGUACUGCAGUUAAAGGAUCAUUGUUAGGAUCCCUCUUUUUCAUAGUUUUUUUAUCUGGCACAGGAGGAAUGACAAACUUGAGAAUCAUCCAGCAAAACUACAGUAUAUCUUCCAUAAAUGCACUUAAAUUUUUUUAGAAUCGUACUAUCGUACUAGCAGUGUUCACACCUUUUUUUGUUAUUAUAUUUUAAAUUGUAUUUAUAGGGGUUAUUGAUCACAAGUGCAGCAUUAUAUAUCCGUGAAUAAUUAACAUAUCGUAUUGAUUAAGUUAACCUGUCUUGUUUUGUUUAGCUAAACCGUCCCUAUUAUGAGGGUGAAUAUAGACAAAAACAAUAAAGUUGACAUGCAUUGUCUUUAAGUUCCUGAAGUUUUUAAAAUCUUACUUUUGGUGUUUAUCAAACUCUCAAGUACUGUAUUCUUUUAUAUUCAACCAUUCCUAAUGUAUAUCUUGGAUUUCCAGUCCUGUCUGAAAUCUUACAGAUUCAAAUAUUGUUGGAACAUCAUUGCUUACUUUUGCAAGUGUGUGGUCUGUGCUCGUUCUCAAGGGAAGGCACGUUUGUACCUAAUGUUUGUGCUGGCAUGCAGUUAAGUACUCUUGGUCAUCGCAACAUAAUAACAUAUUUGUUUCUACAGAUGAGGGACUGAAGUGAGUGGGUGGUGUUGGGUUUAUAUUGUUGCACAGAUUCCACCACAUUUUAAUACAUUAUAUCAUGUACUUUCAUAAUAUUCUAUUGUAUACAAUAUUCUAUUGUAGGAUGGGGGUGGGGGGGUUGUAUUUUAAUGUCCACUUUUUAAAAGUUCUUGCAAUUUGUUUGUCAUUGAAACCCAUCAUCUGUGAAAAGGCAUAAUCUGUCCUUCAUAACCAUUCAUGUUCACAAAGUAAGAUUGGAAGUCUAAGACAAACAUGUUAUGAAAAAAAGCAAAACUCUUUUAUAUGCCUUUUUAAUGUGUAUACAUGAUAUCGUGCAUGUUAUGGUCAUUUCAUGAAUCGCUGUUGUUGUGUACCAUUUUAUUGUGUUAAAUCAUCUCCAUGUACCAAUUUUGAUAUUAAAGCAAUACAAUCAUG